AUGCUGGCCACCUGGGCGGUGACCACAGGCCUGAAGAGCCGGCACCACCACACCGAGGAGGUGUCCACCUACAUCGCUGUGGUGCAGUCAAUCAUCUGGGAGUCCAUCUGGGCGUUGUCUGGUCCAUCCAACCACACAGCUGUCUGUGCAUCUGACGCCCCCUGCGGCCCCCAGGCCUUUGCCCACGCUGCGGUCGCCGCCGACUCCAAGGUCUGCUCAGACAUUGGACGGUGGCAGGUGGAGGUCAUCAAUGCCAGGGAGACGGUGCCCGCCCGCCAUGACCCGGGGCUGCUGGACCAGUGUGAGCAGGCGCUACCUCUGGGCACAGGGCUCCUGCCUCUGCCACUGCCCUCUGGUCGCCCCCUUGCCCGCCUGCCCCCCACUGAGCAGGUCCUCCCAGGAGCAGCGAGGACAGGCCCCGGUGGACACAGGCCUGACAGGGUGAUGAGCGAGGGGAGAGGGGCAGCACCCCCCAACCCUAGGGAGUCUGUCCCCUCGGUGGCCACCCAGGCCCGGGGACCCCGGACCAGGACCGCUUCCCUGUGGGGUCCCCAGGACCCUGAGCAGCCCCUGCAGGGGUGUGGCUGCGGCCGGGACCUGGGUCCACCUGAGGCAGCCCCCCGCCACCCCAGGCAGCUCUUCUUCAACGGGACGGAGCCCCUGGGGCCCGAGGACCCGUUCCCCUGGCCCGCGCUGGCGGCCACGCUGGAGACGGUGGCCAGGGAGGGCGCCGAGGCCUUCUACUCGGGGCAGCUGGGCCGGACGCUGCUGGAGGACAUCGCCCGGGAAGGCAGCCAGCUGACCAUGCAGGACCUGGCCUCCUUCCAGCCCGAGGUGGUGGCCGCCCUGGCCAUGCCCCUGGGGGACUACACCCUGUACUCCCCCCCACCGCCUGCAGGGGGCGCAAUUCUCAGCCUCAUCCUCAACGUGCUCAAAGGGUUCAACUUCUCUGCGGAGUCGGUGGCUGGGGCUGAGGGGAGCGUGACCUUGUACCAUCACCUUGUGGAAACGUUCAAGUUUGCCGGGGGGCUGCGGUGGCGGCUGUGGGACCCGCAGCGGGAGCGGCCCCCCUCGUCCAUGGUCCCCUCCAUCUUGGUCAACACGGCCCAGGGGUCAAAGCUGGUGAUCGGCCUGGGGGACCCCACCUCUCCCAGCCAUGGUGGCGCUGGCUCGGAAGCCAGGCUGCCAGUGACACCCACGGGGCCUUCAGUUCCAGGGGAGCGGCCCCCCUCGUCCAUGGUCCCCUCCAUCUUGGUCAACACGGCCCAGGGGUCAAAGCUGGUGAUCGGCGGGGCGGGCGGGGAGCUCAUCAUCUCCGCUGUGGUCCAGGUGAGCCCGGGGCUCCCCGCUGGGACGUGCAUCCUCCAGUUCAAGGUGAAAGAGGAGCCGCCCCGCCAGCCGCAUUCGGGGAGGGAGGGGACCCUCAGGAAGCAGACGCACGGGUUCCCACCGUCCUUUGCACCAGCAUAG